ACAGGCAGCACGUAGCCGAAAUUUUUAUCAUCUUCAUUACAUCGUAGGCCCUUGAACUGAACUGGUGCGCAUUUUGUUGUAAACAGUGAAAAUUAUUUAUAUUUUGUUGGAAAGAGUUUAGAAAAAUGCAGUCUCUCAGAAAGACGACCACCUGGAUUGCACCGUCCGCCAUGAGAUUUGCCCGCAUUGGCACUCAACUUGGUGAGCCGGGUUGCGGUGCCGGAAAGGGUGGCGGUGGUGGAGGUUCUAUUCGCGAAGCAGGAGGCGCCUUCGGUAAGAUGGAGGUUGCCCACGAGGAAGAGUACUUCUACCACAAGCGUAAGGAACAGUUGAAUAAACUGAAGGAAAAGCUGAUCAAACAAGAAGAUUUCCACCAAGAGUCGAUCAAACAACACGAGGAAGCUAUCGAACGCCACAGGAAGGCAAUUGAAGAACUGCAUGGGCAUUAAACAAAUACCGAUUUGUAUGAAUGCUGAAACACUACGGUUACCUCUGAUAGCGUGAUAUAGAUCAUUCAGCAGCCAGACUAGUUUGAAUAAAUAUAGAAGGCGAUAUAGAACUUUUUUUUAAUGGCUUAAUAUUCGAAAUAAAUUUUGCCUUCAAUGAAAGAUUGUUCAUUCGUAGAUCAAUGGAUCAGAAGAAAACCAUGUUGCAAUUGAUUACAGUGAUCGUUCUUU